AAUGGUCAAAGAGACAGGCUUCUGAAUCAAUAUUUUUGGAAGAAUCAAACAGAGAGGCUGAACUUUGUUAUUUAAACGAAAGGCUCAAAUGGAAAGCAAGUCCCCAGCAGACAUUGCCAGUGGGCACAACCAGGCCCUGGAUGUCUACCCCAAGAACAGGGAGAAGAUAGAGGAUAGAGGGCAGUGGAAAAACAAGCUGGAGUUUGUGCUUUCAGUGGCUGGGGAGAUCAUUGGACUGGGGAACGUUUGGAGGUUCCCCUACCUCUGCUACAGGAAUGGAGGAGGUGCCUUCUUCAUCCCUUAUUUAAUCUUUCUGUUCACCUGUGGGAUCCCUGUGUUCUUUCUGGAGACGGCACUGGGACAAUACACUAGUGAAGGGGGUGUGACAUCAUGGAGAAAAAUCAGCCCUCUUUUUGAAGGUAUCGGUUAUGCCACCCAGGUGAUUGUCACCUUGCUUAAUUUCUAUUACAUUAUCGUGCUGGCCUGGGGAAUUUUCUACUUAAGCAACUCAUUUACUUGGGAACUGCCCUGGGUAUCCUGCAACAACACAUGGAACACAGGUUCCUGUGUGGAGUUCCAGAAGAGAAAUGAAACAUAUAACUGGACAUCCCCAGCAAAUGCCACCUCUCCCAUCAUAGAGUUCUGGGAGAAACGGGUGCUGAGGAUUUCUUCAGGCAUUGACCACAUUGGCAUAUUACACUGGGACCUGGCUCUCUGUCUCUUUUUGGCCUGGGUCAUGUGCUAUUUCUGCAUAUGGAAAGGAGUCAAGUCCACUGGCAAGGUGGUGUACUUCACCGCUACGUUUCCCUACGUUAUGUUGGUGAUCCUCAUGAUCCGAGGGGUGACUCUGCCGGGGGCAGCUGAAGGAAUCAAGUUCUAUCUUUACCCAGACCUCAGCCGGCUGGCAGAUCCCCAGGUGUGGAUGGAUGCAGGGACCCAGAUUUUCUUCUCUUUUGCUAUUUGCCUGGGAUGCCUGACAGCUCUUGGUAGCUACAACAAGUACAACAACAACUGCUACAGGGACUGUCUGUGCCUGUGUUUCCUGAACAGCGGGACAAGCUUCAUGGCUGGCUUUGCCAUCUUCUCCAUACUGGGAUUUAUGGCUUAUGAACAGCAAGUGCCCAUUUCAGAAGUUGCAGAGUCUGGUCCUGGGCUGGCAUUCAUUGCGUACCCACGAGCUGUGUCCAUGAUGCCUUUCUCUUCACUAUGGGCAUGCUUCUUCUUCAUCAUGAUUGUCCUUCUCGGACUCGACAGUCAGUUUGUGUGUGUGGAGAGCCUGGUGACAGCGCUGGUCGACAUGUUUCCCUCUGUGUUCCGUCGCAAGAACAGAAGGGAGCUUCUGAUCCUCAGCAUCUCCAUCGUCUCCUAUUUCAUGGGACUUAUCAUGAUCACGGAGGGUGGGAUGUACGUUUUCCAGCUCUUUGAUUACUAUGCUGCCAGUGGGAUAUGUCUCCUGUUUGUGGCUAUUUUCGAAACAGUUUGCAUAGCUUGGGUCUAUGGUGCUGAUCGUUUCUAUGACAACAUUGAAGACAUGAUUGGUUACAGACCUGGACCUCUCAUCAAGUACUGCUGGAUGUUCUUCACUCCUGCUGUCUGUGCUGGAACCUUUGCCUUCUCCCUCAUCAAGUACACUCCGCUGAGGUAUAACAAGAGUUAUGUGUACCCCUGGUGGGGUUAUGCCCUGGGCUGGCUCCUUGCCCUCUCCUCCAUGGUGUGCAUCCCCCUCUGGAUCAUCUACAAGAUUGCCACCAGCAAGGGCACUCUGAGAGAGCGUAUCUGCCAUCUGAUAAAACCUUCUGAGGAUCUACCCAAGACCAAGAAAGAGAAGGAGAAGCUCUUGGCCAUCUUUGCUUCCGAUAAUGGCUUACACCAGCAGGACGGGGAUCCCAACAGGGAGGGCUAUGUCCUGGUGACCGACAAGGAGACCAACUGUUAGAACUUCAUGAGCUGCUAAGAACGGAACCUUCCGGUUUUCAACAGGAACAGAUCUAUUCCACUUUACUCGAUCCCUCAAAUGUGAUGGCUAAAAAGCAAUGAAAAAUCGUAUUGCAUCUGUGAUAGUGGAUGUGUAGCACACACAUUUUUAAAAUUUUAUUUCCUGACAACUUAGUAUUGAUAAAUAACUUUGGCCUGGCCUACUGUUGGUAUGCUUUCAUCUUCUGAAUGUCCCUCACAUAAAGUCGUCAAUGUUUUUUGGGGUUUUUUUUGUACUUUUAACUGUUGAAUAGAAGAUACUUUGAGUGUGGAUGACUGUUUGCUCAAGGAUUUGAUUAGGAUUUGGUCCAUCUUCACCAGUUUGAUGUUGCUGGGAGCCCAUUAUUUGGAUCUUUUAACAGUGUUCAUCAAAUGAGUUUUACAAAUGUUAUUAAAAAAAAAAAAAAAAAAAUAGAUUAUUGUAUUCAUUCACAUUUACUUGGACUGUCCUAUAGUUAAUAUAGAAAGGUUUGUGCUAUCCCAAAUACUGCAUAUGUAUGGUACAAGCAAGUUCCGUUAGUAAAGUCUAAACAAUCGAGGGCCCUUUAUUUUUAGGUAUUAGCAACUUAUAUUUUAGUACUGCUUAAACUUGUAUAUUACUACUGUUUAUACACUUUACCACUACUGUCUCAUAAAGAGUGCAAUACAGUAACUACAGAGUGAAGUUAGACUGCAGUUUGUGUUGAUUAGUUAAAAUGUUUCCUUAGGGAUCUAGAAUUGCAGUUAUAUAAUUAUGAUGUGACAAGGCUGCAGUCUAACUACACACUAUGAUUUUUACUGAUGAAAACUGCACAAAGGCAUCUAAGUAAAUAAACCAACAGCGACGGGUUCAAAUAUGUCAUUCUGUCAUAGUGUUGGCUGUCUGCUUAAGCAAUAGUGCCCACUGGUGACUGUGAUUGCUAAGCGCUGUGUCCCGAGCCGAGGAAAGAUCAACUACCACACGGUAGAGCCUUCAUCGAGAGAGCACAAUCGCUAUUCAAGGUUUUCUCAUUUUCUUUAAAACAACACUUUAAAACAUUUUAACUUUAACUUGUCAUGAUUCAUCCCUUCCACUGAAAAAAAGUUUUAGUAAAAUAGUCCCUAAAAUAUUCAUAAAGGAUCACAUACAUGAGAGAAAUCUUGUAGUGUACCUGGACAGUGCCAGUAUCUGAAUGGAGCACUAUUACUGAACUGCCCAUGUCUCACUUUGUUGGUGUUGAAAGAUGCUGAGAUUGGCUGAUUGGCAAUUAUGGUUAGAGGAAUGGUUGCUUUUGUAAAAAUAUUGAUUGGCUGGUUUUGGUGGAAAAUAAAAGUAAU